AUGAGCUUAGCGGGUGUCCUACUGAAUCAACUGAUCUCAUUGGUCAGAUUCGUCUCAUCAUUGUGUUAUCGCCUCAUAAAUUGUGUUCGGUAUGGUCGGAAUUCCCAGCGAAUCGGCGAGCUUCCCUUUAUAACGCCCGCAGAUCAGCGACGAGAAUUUGUUGGAAGCAGUGCGUAUUCGAAUAACGGAGUACAGAUAUCGAAUUCUCAGGAUUCGUGGAAUUCAUGGGACGAUAAGGCCGCUACGACCGAACAAAGGAUCGCGGAAUAUCGACGGCAACAGCUGGAGAAACAGAAGGCCGCUCAAAUCAAGCAGAAGGACGAGGAAAUUGAUCUGUUCAAGGAGUUACAGCCAACUGUCAAGGAAGCCAAAAAGGUUGGUUGGCGUAAAUGCAGACCAUUUUAUGGUUGCAGAUAAGAAAUUUGGUUUUUUUAUGAAUAUUGACCAUUUCAGUAUAUUAUCCAUGAUCCGAAUGCGCAAAAGGCUCAACAAAAUGUUCGCAAAGAUCUCUUUUCUGUUCAAGAUAUCCCAACAUACGGCCAGGUAGGUUUUUUUUCACAUUUUUUAUAAAUUUUUUGAUUUCGAAAUUUAAAGAGUUCAAGUUUUUUGAUGAUUUUAAAAUAUAACUUUAUUCAAAAAUGUACAGACAAAUUUUGUAAAUUCUCAACGGAGAAACAAUUACCAUGGAAAAUGGGGUUAUUACUAGUUCAAGAAAGGCCGUAGAAGUGUGAAAAUGGCAGAUUUCUAUAAAAUAUUGUAGUUACUACUUGCGGAAUUUUAAAAAAGCAACGGAUUUCAGGCUGAAAAGUUAUCCGAAAGACGCUAA